AUGAGGGUGCGUGAACAUUUGCCCGCCUGGCCAGACAGAGGUGAGACCCGAUCGAUUCCGAGUUCUAUUCUCGCAUGUUUAAUCGAUACGGAUCACCAAGUCAAUGCAAAGGAAGUAUUUCAGGUUGUCUAUCGGGCACGAACAAGCUUCUCUUAAGGCCUACGCCAACGGAUACUAGCGACGGCCGAGGCAGUGGCUAUACGGCUAGCGAAUCCGAUGUUAUGCUGUCAGAAAACCCUGACACAAAAGCUCUCUCUGGCGUGGCCAACGCCACACGCAAGUGAUGACGAUAUGCCGCCUCUAAUCCCUAAUUACAGUGAUGAGUAUUCCUUGUACUCAGUCCAUGAACAUCAAUCAAUGACUACCUUACCCUCAUUCCCUAGCUCUAAGGACCAAGACCCCCCGACCUCGUCAUGCGGGCGGUGUAGGGAAGAAGAGUGUUAAUGGUUUAAUAGCACUUGAGUCACCUAUAAACACUGAUAAGUUUGUGCAUUUUCAUUCACUCACGUAAGUAUAUUGACCUCACGAAGAAUAGUCGAAAACACGUGACGGAAAAAUUGAGUUUCACAGAUGAUUUCUUUUCCUCAAAUUAGCGCAGAAUUCGGUCAAACGUGCAGUCACCUUUUCAACGCGGACAUAGACUUUAUAGCAUUCUUAAAUGACCGAUAGACGAACGAAAAGCUGCACAAAAAUACUGAAGUUUCAAGCAUCCUAAGAAACCUUGUCCACAAAAUAAUAUAACCCAAAAGAGAGUCUGGGGGAGCGUAAAUAGAUAGAGGAGUGUUUCGGGCUUGUUUGCCUUUAUUCAGCCAAUCAUAACCCUGACAACCAGCUGGGAGCGGAAACAUAAACAUGCGCGCAGACAGAGCUGACGCAAUUGGUCCACCACUGGGGUCUACCAGAUGGGUCAUAAGCACUUCAUCGAAGCGAACUUCAUCAGUGCCUCGCCACCUGCCAUUGUCCGUCGCUGCAGACGGUGCAUUGAUUGAGUGAGGAAUGGGCGCACACCGAUGCAUUGGCUUCCCGAAGCAAAGGAGCAUCUUAUGGGCGAUAGGGGUCACGAAGAGGCAGCCACCUACCAGACCGAAGUCGGCCAAGCUAUGAUAGCAGAGAGGAGAGGACAGAGUCUGGUGGGGGGUAGAUUGACAGAGCAUUAUUUCGGACUUGAAGGGUGGUGGAGGACAGCGUGUGUGAGCUCAGAUCUGUUUUAAUGCCACAGCGAGCGCUCCAUCCGCUUUAUACUCCGUUGGAUCCACAAAUGCUUCAGGGUCAGGCAAGUCUUUGUUGUCUUUUAUUAGGUAAAGACUUACCCUUUUUGCGAUCGAUUUGCCGAUGUGCCUAGCCAGCUGAGUUCUUUUUAUGACGAAUCGUACUUCGGUUCCUUCCAUGAACAGGGUAUCACCGCUCGCAGUGUUUUAAUUGUUUGAGCAAUAUCCUUUGUCCCCGAACCAUUAGUAAGUUAGAAGUCCUCUCGUGUGCGUUCCAGUCCGAGAUAAUAUGGAUUCGUUGGAGUAUCACGAAAAUACUAUCUUGAAUAUAUCCAAAUGCACACUUCCUUCAGAUAUCCUUACUUAGGCCUUAUUCACGCGUGAGGUCCAAUCAGCGGCUGUUCGAACAUUCGAGAUUUUUCCGUCAAGGGAUUUUCGCGCACUCAACAGCCAUUCCAAGACCGACACUCCAUAGACCGACAUGUUUUAGGAAUCUCGACCCCAAAUAAAUAAGGCGUCAUUUUAUGAGUUGAAAAACCCUGUCUCCGCAGGCUGUGACAGUAGUGGUUGCUCUCAGGACAUCUUGUAUCUAUCCAUUGGGCUGUAACAGUGUUAAAAUACUCAAGUUUCAUUCCUUAAUCCACACUUGGACAGUCAUCACUGUCGUCUGUGCUUUCUUGUGAUUCCCAUCUGAGUACUCAUAGUGUGCUCGGAUUCCCACAUCAUAGCCACGCCUCCCCCUUCUAUACAGCGCCGGUUAGGAGCUGAAACAGCUCCUUUGAAACAGUUUGUUCGAGGACUAGUCCCUUCUCUCGCUAAAGGUAAGUAAGUUAAUCCAGCUUAGAGCCAGGACUGUUUGCAGUAAAUAAGCCAUGAGGGAGGCAUCUUGUCCGAUAAUCAUUCACAGCACCCACUAAACACACUAUCUUAGACCGUGGAAGAGCCCGGGAGGCAUAAGUCAAGACCUAUUAUUGUUAUCAGACCGGAGAAAGGCCUCAAAUUGGGACCAAUCCUACCUCUCGACCUCCUCUCACUAUUCUCUGUCUGAUGCAUUUUAACCCAUUGCGACGCAGCGACGUUCAUUGUGGCAGUCGUAUCGGCCGGUAUGACUACCUGCCUGUCAGGGAGGGCUGGUGUGUGAAGUGGGACCUGCAAAACCUCCGCCGAUUUGGAUUGCGUAUAUUCGGGCUGGUGGGGACGCAGUGGUUGCGAACACAGCCUCCCAUUUUUCCUUUCGUAGGUUUCAUCGGAAGCCUGGGUGCCGGCGGCAUUUUCUUUGCGCCCUCCCUCCCCCUCUCCAGCAAUCUCCGACUGAAUGGUCUCCAACCGAUCGGAACUGGCGCCGCUAGCGUUGAUUUCCUCACCAACAGCGGCCUUGCUAACCACACUGACCGCUAUCCGCACACUUCUUCGGCCAGUUUGACCCUGCCUGACAGCCUGGGUGUCAACAACGCUGGUGUUGUCUGUAGUGGAAGUAGUGGUUCCUCUUUCGAUCCUCGCCACUUCUUCAUGGAUCACAUCUACCCGCCCUCCACCACCGUGAGUGGUAACAGUAACGGUGGUAGUGGCGGUAGCGGUGAUGGUGAUGGUGACGGUAAUAACAACUCUGGCAACUUCAGGGCCGUCACCUCCGUCUCUCCGACGUCGACUGUGAACUUCCCCUAUGAUUCUGCAUUCCACUCCCUUUCCGUCAGUCUCGGUCUUAAGUCCUUAAUUCCCCUCGUUCAGUGA